GAGACCAAACACUCCUCGCCGCCACGCUCUUGCAGGCUGCAGAGAGCAAGCAAUGGUCGGUCGUGGAAGACCUUGCCUGUGCCAUCCAAACGUCCCGACAGUAUUUUACACCUUCGACCUUCGGCUGCUCUGGACGAGGUGAUGUGGAAGACCGUGCAGGCCAACCAGUACGAGGUGUCGCGAUACCUCUUCGACGUGCUGGGCGUCAACCCGAGCGCGCGAGUGCACUCCCGGGACACCACGCCCCUGCAGGAGGCCCACGCGAGGGGGCUGACAGACCUCAUCGCCACCUUCCACAAGAACAGGCCGCCGGACUCCCGCUUCGCCCAGAACGAGGAUAUUCGGCGGACGCUGGACGUAUACAGAGAGCGUAUUAUGGACGUCUUCGACGCCGCCAGGAGAGGCUGCUACAAGGCGGAAGCGGCAGGGUCAAGGGGCGUUCGAGACUUGCUUUUCCAGGACCGUGAGAUCAGCACCUCCCUGCCGGGCACCGUGCGAGGCACCGCCGGCGUCUCGCUCCUCCACAUCGCAGCAUCAGUGAGCAACACGAACGAGGCUCCCCUGUGGGAUGUUGGCGAUGUGCAUAAUCUUGUCUACGCCCACGGGGCUUACAUCAACACUGUGGACGCCACUGGUAAUACGCCUCUGCAUUAUUUGGCGGAAAAGGCUUCCUGUAGCAGUUUCAAAGAGAGCUGGGAUGAAUUCUCGCCCUACGAACAGUGGGCCUCCCUUGCCAGUUGGCUGCUCAAGCACGGCGCCGACCCCGCCCUUGCAAACCACCGUGGCCGGCUGCCCGAGGACCUGGCCGCCGCGAGGGAGAACCACCGUCUUGCUGACCUUCUGAGAGAUGCAAGAAAGUCGCGACACUGCAGUGGAAGCACAGGAACCGCGGACGAAGAUCACCAGAGCUUGCUGGCUGCUGCCUCCUUGGGGAAACUGGAGGCCAUCAGAGAACUGCUCGGGAGGGGCGUUAGCAUGGACCCCCACUGUGGCUACUCCAGUCCCCUUCACCUGGCCAUCACCAGGGGCCAAAGGGACGCGGCCAUGUUGCUGCUCUCGGCCGGGGCGUCUUUGACCUCCUGCAGCAGCGACGGGUUGACGGUGCUUCAGGCCACGCACAGGACGCCUGACCUACCUGCCCUUUUCCCCGCAUUUAUACGACAGGAAUAUGUAGUUUUGCUGAAUGACGAAUAUUCACGAGUGACUGGGAACAGUGAGGAAUGUCGGGAGCUUCGUCGUGGUCUUGAGCAGCUACAGAAAGCUAUUGAAGAAAAAGGGUGUGAGGCAUCAUGGCCUCGCGAGGUCAGCUGGGGCACAAGCUGGAGCCUCCUUGUGGAAGCAGCCAGACUGGGUCUCCCUCUCACAUGUCAGUUCUUGGUGGCAGUCGGAGCGAGGGUGUACAGACUGCCUCGAGAUCUUUCUCACCCCCUUGCCGUCGCUGCGGAAAAUCGUCAACUGAACAUGAUCAAGGUGCUUUGCCGUGACCUUCACAUGCUUCCCUACGGUAUUGCAAGACUUCCGGAGAACGGUUUAACGCCCGGCUUGGUGAAGUACUUACGUGAGGAAGAGAGAGCUCGCCUUGAGGAGCUAGCAGUACAAAAUUCCAAUAUUCCGGAUGAAGAUGCUACAGAAGCUCUUGGUUGCUACAAGCAGAUGGAACGCAGGCAAAAUGUUUUGGUGUCUGCGUCGUUUUUGCGACUUGCCGGGAAAUGUGGAUUGGUGCAUCUACUCCAUUUUGCCCGACAGCAUACUAGAGUUAAGCUUGAGGAUGUAGUGGAUGCUGCCUCUGGAUCCAAGUUACUGCACAUUGCCGCGAGAAAUGGCCGGACGACGAUGGUUGAAUACUUAGCAGCUGUAAAUAGUGUAAGAACAGACACAACCCUUCAUAAAACUGGAGGCUUUACCGCAGCCCACCUGGCCGCCUUAAUGGGGCACAUUGCUUGUUUUGAAUAUCUCCGGUGCUUUCCUGGUGGAGAUGCGCAGUCAGAGGUCGGAAUGACGCCUCUGGACCUUCUGCGUGGUUUUCAAAACAAUGUAGAGGUUCUAAGGUUAAACGUCGUGUCUAAAAGGGAGGAAAAUGUAAUCUUCAAUGAAAAUAGGGCAGACGUGGUUUCAAAGACCCUCCUAGAGGUCAAAGCCCGCCAUAUGGGUAUCUUCUCACCUGCUCAACUCAGAGAAGCGAGUCUUCAGUACAAGAUAAACUUUAACACGCGGGAAAACCUUCGCAUUAACAGAACCAUAACAAAGGAGGUAACAAGAUUAUGUCAACGAAUCGGUGAACUUGACUCUCGCUAUGAAGGAAAUCUUGUCCAAGUUGGAUCUGUUGCUGAAGACAUUCGAAUGUUUACUGCGGAUGAAAUGGACUUCAAUCUUGAACUCUGUAAUUUCCAUUGUUUCAGAGGUGGAAGAGUUACAGCAAGAUCCACGCAAAGAGAUGGCGGAAAUGAUCUCUUGGAAGUUACUCUCGAGAGUGAUGAGGAACCAGAAAUGUUCAGAAACCAAAACUUUAUACUUUUUUUCAAAAGAGCUACAGAAAGAGCACUAGAAACUUUCCAGUUCCAGUCACCAUAUUUGUCAGUUAUUUACCCGGGCCUUGAGACAACUAAAGUGGGACUGGCACUAUAUAUGGCGUGGUGUGAACCUGGCCCUCGAACGCUCCUGUUGAGCGUGGAUCUCGUACCGGCCGUCAGAGCGCCCUGGCCACAAGUAAACGGUCUCCAUCAACUUCCAUACAACAUACGCGAAGAGGUCCAUGAUAUGCCCGUGUCUCUUACCUCCUGCGGCCAGAAUAGUUGGCGUUACAGUCUGUCAGUCACAGAGGCAAGAAUCAUAUCAGAUCUAUGCGAAGACGACAAGCGCGCAGUAAUCAUGGCCUGCAAACUCAUCUGCUCUAUGCUGAAGUAUGAUUGGUGGUACCCGGAGAAAUAUAAGAGACAUUACCAGGUGUGGAAUCGCGUGUAUCUGAAGCUAGACUCGCCAGUGUCAUACAUCAUAAAGACAUUAUUUACUAAAGAGAUCUCGCGCGCCAUGGACUGGACGCCAGAACAUUUUAUAGAACGCAUUAUAUCUAUUUUUGACAAUAUGAUAUCAGCUGAUACAUCAGAAAUAGCUCGAGUCAAGUCCUUUCUUUUACCCGAAUAUGAGUCGAACCGUUUCGGCUACGGGGCCCCGGCGAUUAAGAGUUUUCUGGAGGAUUUGAGAUCAGGGAGGUUCAGAACAGCUCAUUGAUUCGGCGGGCGCACCCAGAGGUAAAUGGUAGAAGAAAUUCCACUUCUUGUCUUAAGCUUUAAAGUAGCUUAUGUCUGUUCGAUAAUAGUCAGCAAUAAUGUUCAUAAAUUUAUUAUUUUUAUGGGGUAUUUAUUAUACUGUACUGCGGACUUUUGCUGAGAUGUUUAUUUCUAGGUUUUACUGUAACUAAAGGUAAUGCAAACUUCUUAAUGAUAUUGUAUGCUUUGAAAUUUAGCAUGUAUAUUUUUUUACAUUGUACUGUAGCCAAAUCUUGUUAAUGCACAUAUGUACAGCAUCCCUAGAAAUUUAA